AUGAUUACAUGUGGUCAAAAGAAGCGAGUAUGCCCCAGCUGCAGUAUAGAAGCCAGAAAUCAGCAAGACUCUCUGAUUGAUACAUUAAGAUCAGGACGGCUUUUGUUGGCUGAAAAACUUCCACCUCCAAGGGAGACUGUGGUGCUCACAGACUCUGACUCUGAUCCAUCUGACAAUGAAAAACUUAGUGAUGAUUCAGAUUAUGAGUUUGUCAGUGAAGAUGGAAAGAACCUUGAAGAGACAAUUGCCGAUAUCACCAAAGAACUUAGCCUGGACAUGCAGAUAACAGAUGGCAUGAAACACCUCGAAGAGCGAUUCCUGGCAUUAGAAGAGGGUUUUGAAAAACAAAAAGAAGAAUAUGAAAAUAUUGAGUCUCAGCUUGAUAAUUUGCGCAAAGACUUCUAUAAUAGUUUCCGGCCAGAGAUCAUGUGGCAGAAGGCUCUUGAUAUUGGCCCUUCUGGUGCAGUGGUCCACCAAGAACUGUUUGAGGUGAUAGCUGAACCUUCCGUCCCCGUGCCCACUCAUAAUCUGCCUCCUGUGGGCCCAUUGGUGCGUACUGAGCUGAAGCCAAAUGAGCUCGUCUAUUCAAUGAGGCACUCGCUCUUCGCUCGCUGGGCUCAGGCACAAAUCAUUGAAGUGGUGAAACGUGAGCCAAAGAAUACUAGCUACAAAAUUCGUUACAAUCGCAAUGCCAAAAGUUCAUGCCAGACUGCUAUCAUGACAGGACGUCAGUUGGCAUACUAUGCCUCUUGUCCAACUCGUAUCCCCGUCGGCACACGUGUUAUAGCAAAGUAUAGAGAUGACGAUCCAAAGAAUACCACUAUCUCGGGUGCUUUCUAUGUUGGAAUUGUAGCAGAGAUCCCAACAGCAGCAAAUAAAUACAGGUAUCUCAUUUUCUUUGAUGAUGGUUAUGCGCAGUAUGUCCUUCAUGGCGAUAUACGGGUAAUGACUGAGGCCUCAUCAUGCCCCUGGGAGGAUGUAUCUUCGGACUCAAAAGAAUUCAUCAAGGACUACCUGCAGAUGUAUCCAGAAAGACCCAUGGUGCGCCUCCAGAAAAGCAACUACGUCAAAACAGAAUGCAAUGGAAGAUGGUGGAAAGCUCUGGUCAAAGAGGUGGAUGGGUCUCUAGUGAAGAUGUUUUUCCCAAUGGAUGGAAGAUCCGAAUGGAUUUACAGGGGAUCCACUCGUCUCAGCCCACUCUUCAACAAGAAGAUGAACAGUCAAGCACAGACAAAACAGCCACAGAAGACUAUACGACGUCGUACAGUGGCUGUACCUGGAACAGCAGUUGUGGAGUAUGGAACAUUUGGCCAGGGCUUAGAUGCCGAGGCCACAGCUCCUGGUAAGGAGGCUCUUGUACUCAUUGGUUAUGAUAACAACAAGACAGAAACAGGAGAACGUCGGGCUGUAGCAAGAAAGAGUACUAUGUCACGUGCAGGUACUCCACCUCGAGAAGUUCAACAGAGGAUCGAACAGGAAUCUAAAGGUUUUACUAAAAAACAUACUCUUCACGAGGAAACCAUAAAGUUCUCGAGACAUAUCUGUUCGAAUAAGUGCUUGGGGAAGGGUGAUAACAUGACUGAUCACAAGGGGUUGUCACCACUCUUAUAUCCUAUGAUGUUUGGUUGGUACAGACAUAUUGUGAAACAGCGGCGUAGAACAAUGGGACGCAACGAAGUUUAUUACGUAGGUCCGUGUGGUAGACGACUGCGCAGCGUAGAAGAAGUCUUCCGAUAUCUUCUUGAUACUGAGUCCAAUCUGGAAAUUGACUGCUUCUCCUUUGAACUGGCAGUGGACACCUCUCAUGAGUGGGAGCCGUUCAAAAAGAUUGUCAACAUUGAUGAUGUAUCCCUUGGAGAAGAAAAUGUACAGAUCUCAUGCGUUAAUUCCUUGGACGAAACCGCCCCUCAGACUCUAGUGUACAGCAAUGUUCGACUUCCAACAGAACAUGUGCCGCUCAACCUAGAUCCAGAAUUCUUAGUCUGCUGCGACUGUAUAGACGAUUGCCAGGACAAAUCAAAGUGCCCUUGUUGGCAGUUGACAAUCCAAGGAACCCGUAUUUUGGAUCGCUCCGAGAACCCCAAUACAGGUUAUCACUACCGCAGAUUGUCUGAACAAGUACAAAGCGGUAUUUAUGAGUGCAAUUCUAGAUGUAAGUGCAGCAACAUGUGCUUAAAUCGCGUUGUGCAACACCCACUGAGACUGAAGUUGCAGCUCUUCAAAACUGCACGUCGAGGUUGGGGCGUUCGAACCUUACACGACAUUCCUAGAGGAGGAUUCAUCUGCGUUUAUGUGGGCAAGAUGCUGAAUGAGACUAUUGCUAAUGAGGAAGGCAAGAUGAUAGUGGGUGGAGAUGACUACUAUGCCGAGCUGGAUUAUAUUGAAGUCAUGGAAAAUGCGAAGGAAGGAUAUGAGGAAGAAGUAGAGAAUAUUGAGGAAGAAACUAGCAAGCUCUCCACAGAAGGAAGUGCAAUUGCUGGCUCAGAUUCCACAGACAGCGACGGUUUCUAUAGCGAAAAUGAAGUAGACGACACAAAAGAUGAUCGGGACUUCAGCCAUCCGACAUACAUGAAAAAAGUGGGACUAACUAAGAGAGAAAAGUCUGCUCGCCUUCAGGAACGUUCAUCGCGAAAUAACUUCCUAAAGAAAGGAAAAGAAAGUAAAGAUGGAAGUGGAUCAGGCUCUGCUCCUGCAUCAGAUGAUGAAGCAUCCAAGUCAUCACAGCCUGAAAAGCCAAAGGAAACAGAACCAAAGGAGGAUGCAAAAUCAGAAGAAGCAACUGAUGAUUUUGAUGAUGAUGAUGAAGCAGAUGAAAAGCAGCGCCGUCCACAAACCUUCGCCCCAAGUCAGCUCUUGGCUACCCCUCCAAAGCAGAGAGCAAACAAGAGUGUGAGAGAGUAUUUUGGAAAAGACGAAGCAGUAUACAUCAUGGAUGCCAAACACACAGGCAAUAUAGGCCGAUUCUUGAAUCACUCGUGUGAACCAAACGUCUUCGUGCAGAAUGUCUUCGUUGAUACUCAUGACCUAAGGUUCCCAUGGGUGGCAUUCUUUGCAAUCAGCAACAUCCGUGCAGGCACUGAACUCACAUGGGACUACAGCUAUGAAGUGGGCAGCGUACCGGGCAAGACUAAGUACUGCUACUGUGGUGCCAGAAAGUGCCGAGGGAGGCUGUUGUAGAUUGUAUUUUACUUCAUGGUUUACAAGGAUAAUUCCAUGUCAUAGUAGUAUUUAAAACAAGGUAUUUAAGUAUCAUUUUAACAGAUAACUUUAAAAAUGAGGCACAACUUAAAAGCAAUGAAUCUGUAUUUUACAAUUGAUAUGGGAAUUUUGUUUUUAUUGCCAACCCACUGCUUCAAAUCUCACUUCACAUUUAAUCAGUAUCAUUAUCUUUAUCCCACUGACAUUGAUGUACAGUUAGGCUGUCUUGUAUAUUUCUCUACGUUUUCAAACCACAAUCUAUGGUCAUUUCAUUGUAUAAGAAUGAGUCUUAUCAUAGUAAAAGAUAAAGUUCCCAUAUCUGUUAUCUUCAAGCCCUUGGUAAGAGACUUCUUGAAUAUUCAAUACCCUUGUAAAUCAUUAGACCAAAUAUAUAUUUGGAACUUGAAAA